GCUUUGAAUAUAUUCAAUAUCUUAGUUGCUCUCUUCUUGCUUCAAUGGUUUCUUUCUUCUCGUACCAAACUCUCCUCUAUCCAACCCAAUUCAGGUUCCUGUUCUUCAUUGUUUCUCUGUUUAUUUCUCUUUCUUUACUUUGAACCAUUGGUUUAAUGGCUUUGGAUAUUUGUGGUAAGACUUUUUUUUAAACGUGGGUAGUUGUUAAUUUUGCUUCUGUGUUAAAUAUAGUGUUUAUUGUUUAAUGGGGAUAAGGGAUCAUGAUUAGGAUUGUAUUUAAUUAUAUAUUUAUAAAUGACUUGAUCUCUUGCUUUUUUUGGGGCUUUAGGAUUUUGAUAUGGAAGUAAAGUGGAAGAUUUUGUUUGUGAAUUGGGGUUAAACCUGCCAAUUUCCUGUCUUCUUCAUGUCUUACAAGGGCAAAACAUGAAAAUUGUCGUGUAGCACACACCAAAUACAAAACAUAUUUUUUGGUUUUUAGCAAAUCUAUAUAUGAUUUUUACUAAAAUUUUAAAUCGUGUGUUUUUUUUUAUCGUUUUCGUAUCUUGUCAUUGUGUAGUGUGUUUAAAAUUUGCAAGUCUUAUUGGGAUAGUUUAGGGGUUUUGGAAGCUGAAUUUGGUUUAUGCAUUAAUUCAGAAAGUAAUUUCCAAAGCUUUCCUACUUCUAAGAAGAAGUUUGUUGAUGUUGCUUAAUGGGAUUUGGGAAUUCUGUGGCUUUUGCAUUAGGAGUUGCAGCUGAUUUCAAUUACGUUAAGGAAUCUCAAGAGAUGCGCCUUGCGAUGCUACCUUUGGAACUGAUAAAAAGAGUGAAGGAGAUUCAGCAAGAGGCAUAUGCAGAACCAAAAACUGUCCAGUCAAAUGAUGCAAAACAGACUGCCGCAGUUGACCUUUCUAAAAGAUUAAAGGAUUUCCAUUUUGUAAAUGAUGCUGCCAGCUUGAAAGUUAUACGCCGAACUGUGAAGGCACUUCGACUUAAAUUUAUAAAUUUUGCAGCUCUAGAAGAAUGGCGGAAAAGGAAGAUGGAGCGAGCCAGACAGAGGGAGCUGGAGAAAAAUGGAACAGUCACCUCUCAAGCUUAACCCCUAUUAAUGAUGUAAAAUUCGGGGUCAGAGUCAUCAAUUAUAGGCAAAUUGAUAUAGUUACAAAAAAUUACUGCUAUACAUGUAGAUAUAACCAACUGUUCAUGUGGAGCGCCAUUGAACUACCCAGGAUUGUGAUUGGUGCUUCAUGAGAUGGUGAUAGUGCAUCUGGUUAAUAAAUGAUGGAAUGAUACCAUAGAAUAAAAGUGCUUGUUCCACA